AUGUCACUGAGCAUGCAGGGUUCCGGAAGAGAGUGCUGGGAAAACUCUCCGUGUAUGGACCUGCGCGGUCGUUACUCAAACGAGCAUCCCGCUUCAACCGUCGGGCCCGUCGAGCGAGACGCUGAAAGCUCCUCGGACAGGCGCGAGCCCCACACCUGCGAGGGCAUGAUCUAUCCCCAAGCCCAGUCCAUCUUGCACGACGAGUUUGGGCGGGUCGACCCCACCGGCUGGUACCCGCACUACAAGACCUGCGUCCAGCACUUUGUCGAGAUCGGCCAAUUCACCUCGACCGUGCAGUCCAUCGCGGCCUUUAUCAACAUUCGCCUGCCAUGCCAACGACCCGACUCCAAUGACGGGGCUGCUCCCUCACCCAUGCCGUUCAUCUCGCUCCGGCCGUAUCUGCGCCGACUGAUCAUCACGGCCCAGGACUCGCCCAUUGUCAUGCAGGCGUUUUUCGGCAACGACUGGGAAGCCGGUGUCGGCUGUAUCUAUCGACAGGAGCGUAUUAACUAUCUCUUUACGGCGAAAAGUGGCGGAUGGGCGCGCACCAAGGCUGCGUACGAUAUCUUGCCGGACGAGCAAACUCCCUUCCUGCGACCCCUCCGCGACCCCUCAGAGGAUGAGAUGCGGGCGGCUGAUGACCGGUGGAGUGAAUGGAUGUUGAUGGAGGACUGGCUCAUUGGGCCGCGGAGUCCCUGGUAA